AUGGAUACUUAUUAUUCAACAAAUAAUAAAAAGAGUCAUACUUUAUCUUCAAUUCCUUACACUCAAGUUUCAACAAAUGAAUCAACUGAAAAUGAAAAUAUUUAUGAUAAAUCAUCAAAUAUCAACAAUGCUAUAAACAACUAUAAAUAUUAUAAUGUUGGUGAAGGAUUGUACAGUCAAUUAGAUAAAGAAACAAUUGCAACAAUUACAGUAGCUUCCUCUUGGGGAUAUUUCUUAUGUUUUAUUCAUUUAAUAAUUGGAGUGUUUUUAUUCUUUUUAGCUGGAAUUGACGAUUAUUUCUAUUUAAUAUGUAUAGCAUUUGUUGCACAUACCUUUAGUGUUUGUUUAGGUAUCUUCUCAGUUUCAAGAAAGAAUGUUUUAUUAAUUGUCAACUAUACUAUAUAUUCAGUUGUAAUUUUAGCAAUUACAAUUUCAAUUUUCAUUAUUUCAACCAUUGUCUCCAACUAUUGGUACCAAUGGUGGAUCAUUCUUGGAGUGUUCUUCUUUUUAAAUGUCCAAAUCAUUGGAAUCAAAUAUUUAUUCAGUUUGGCAAUGAAUCUCAAGGGUUUGCAAACCAAAGAGAUGGAGAAUGCAGGAAGAAUGUACCCAACUGUAAAUACCAUUCCAGUACAGACAGUAUCACAACCACAACAACUCUAUGUUCCACAACCAGCUCAAUACUACUAUGUUGGAUUCCCACAACAACCACAACAAAUGAAUAUGAACCCACAAUACUAUCAGCCACCAGUCACAUCCCAAUAUGCCUACACUUAUCCACAAGGUACUGAAUAUAACAAUUUAUAUUCAUCUGUUCAAAAUGUUUAG